UUGAAGCUAAAAACAAUGGAAAUUAUAAUAUGGUAAUUUUUUAAGAUGGAUUAAGAGGAAAAUUAGUAGUUGAUUAGGGAAGAACUUAACAUGGAGAGAAAGAGAAAGAGGAGAAAGGAAGGAAGAUCGAGGAGGCGUGAGAAUUGGACGCGGGGAGUCUUGAAGGCCACACACUCAAGGACGAAUAUUUAGCUGAAGAUAAAUUUACAUCACAAUCACUUUCUCUUUCUCUCUCUCAAAUCUUCAACCCAUUUUUUUCUCUCUUCUUUUCGAUUCAAUUUCAGCAUGAACAACAACCACAUCACCAGGUCUCAGGAUCAACGGUCAAGAUUUGCAAAGCCAGCCACCAUCCAUGGCUGCGCCCUCUCCGGUGACCUCGCCGGACUCCAGAGGCUACUUCGAGACAACCCUUCGCUCCUCAACGAGAAGAACCCUGUUAUGGCACAGACACCACUUCAUGUGUCUGCUGGUCAGAAUAGGGUCGAUAUAGUUAAAUUUCUUCUUGAUUGGCAAGGGCCAGAUAAGGUUGAGAUGGAGGCCAAGAAUAUGUAUGGAGAAACUCCGUUGCACAUGGCAGCAAAGAAUGGGUGCAAUGAAGCUGCGCAAUUACUUCUUGCUCGUGGGGCUGUUGUUGAAGCCAGAGCAAAUAAUGGUAUGACACCUUUACAUCUUGCUGUUUGGUACUCGCUGCGAUCAGAAGAAUUCUUAACUGUGAAAACAUUGCUUGAGUACAAUGCUGAUUGCAGUGCUAAGGACGAUGAGGGAAUGACACCUUUAAAUCAUCUAUCCCAAGGCCCUGGAACUGAGAAACUCAGGGAACUAUUAAACUGGCAUCUUGAAGAGCAGAGGAAACGACGAGCCAUUGAAGCAUGCAGUGAAACCAAAGCUAAAAUGGACCAGCUUGAGAAGGAACUAUCCAACAUUGUGGGUCUUAAUGAUCUAAAGGUACAACUACGCAAGUGGGCAAAGGGCAUGCUUUUGGAUGAGAGACGAAGAGCUCUUGGCCUGCAUGUUGGCGCAAGAAGACCACCACACAUGGCCUUUCUUGGCAACCCUGGAACAGGUAAAACUAUGGUAGCAAGGAUUCUUGGAAAAUUACUCCAUAUGGUGGGAAUUCUACCUUCUGAUAAAGUGACAGAAGUACAGCGUACCGAUUUAGUAGGUGAAUUUGUUGGCCACACUGGUCCAAAAACCAGGAGGAAGAUCAUGGAAGCAGAGGGGGGCAUUCUUUUUGUUGAUGAAGCUUAUAGAUUGGUACCAUUGCAAAAGUCUGAUGACAAGGACUAUGGGUUGGAAGCCUUAGAGGAGAUUAUGUCUGUCAUGGACAGUGGCAAAAUUGUAGUAAUAUUUGCUGGCUACAGUGAACCAAUGAAGCGAGUGAUAGGUUCUAAUGAAGGUUUCUGUAGAAGGGUAACCAAGUUUUUUCAAUUUAAUGACUUCAACUCAGAAGAACUAGCACAAAUCCUUCACAUCAAGAUGCAUACUUUAGCAGAAGAUAGUUUGCUAUAUGGAUUUAAGUUGCAUCCCGAAUGCAGUAUAAAAGCCUUGGCUACUUUGAUAGAAAGGGAAACAACAGAAAAACAGCGAAAGGGUACAAAUGGUGGAUUGGUAGCUACCAUGUUGGUUAAUGCUAGAGAAAAUUUGGACCUACGUCUCAGUUUUGACUGUAUGGACACAGAAGAACUUCUUACCAUCACUUUGGUAGAUUUAGAAGCAGGUCUUCAGCUAUUAGCACAGUAAUCAUUCUUUGGCAUUCUGAUAGAUAUUUUGGAGAGAUUAAUUUCAGCUUACCUCAAUUUUCUGCAAUGGAUACACAAGUUUUUGCAUCUACACAAUGAGGAGCUUGUCAUGAAUUAGUAUGUUACUAUAGGUCGAUUUUUUUGGGAAAAUUUUUCCUUGUGUAUUUUUGUAAUUGAUAAUGUUAUGUAGGCUUCAUUCAUGCACUCUGUUAUAUUUUUUAUCUGAAUAAAGAUUUGUAGACACCUAA